AUGCCAUAUCUCGACUCCACAACAUCAUUAACACCUUCGCAAAAUAAGUACCCUGAUAAUGCAUUCGAGAAACUCGUCCUCGACCUCAGCGCAGCGUUGGGUCCGAGCUCGGGCCUGGAUUCGGACGAUGUCAAUCCCCUCGACAUCCAGCGCCUGAUGGAGCAAUAUGUCUCCAACCCGGAGGAAUGGCGCCCUUUUGCCCUGGGAGAUAACAGCAGGGGAUAUACAAGGAAUCUCAUCGAUGAGGGAAACGGUAAAAGUAAUUUGAUCCUCAAAGGCUCUCUCCAAGAGACCCUAUAUACAUGGCCCGAUCAAGAUAAACUCCAAAACGGGCAGUCCUCCUCGCCGCAAAUCAUCAAGGAAACCACCUACACUGAAAACCAGGUAACCUACAUGUCUGACAAGCUGGGCCUUCAUAAGAUAUCGAACCCAGACCCUCAUAACCCCGCCGUCUCUUUACACCCUAACCAUACGAACUCGACAGUUUACACCCCGCCAAAUGCAGCAACGUAUGGGUUCUGCGUGUUCGACGAGAAGACUGGGAAAGCAAGCCGCGUGAAGCAGUCCCAUUUCUACUCUAUCAGAGGAGAACGGUGCUAG